CGUUAUUUCCGUCAGGCAGAGAUAAAACUGAUGCCUGAAGGUCGUACUUAUUAUUCUCAUUGUAAGGCAUACCACUAUUACUUGUGCUCUUCGUGAUGCAGCUGAGACGCGUGGACACACCCAGAGUCGGGGACUUACCAUCUACCAGUGGAGACUUGCCUCUAGGAACAUCAAGUGGUCACCGUGAUUGUCAUAACUGUAACUUAGAUAGAUCAAGAGAAAGUGGUCACAAAGGCAAAAUUUUACGUCAUCGAUGUCCAUUCAGACACUGUACACAUAGACACACGUACCUCACUUGCAGCACCCUGCAUGAGGAGGACUGUGUGAAGAGUGGAUCAAGGACGAGACGUAGUGAACCUUUCCACCAAACUCACCUGGAGGACAACCGCCACUACAACAUAACUAAUUCACCUGCUGAACGACCCCUCACCUACCCGUCGUCGUCACCUGCCUACUUUGAACAUGUCGCCUUGAACAGCCAAAGAUUGACAACUUCACAGUCACCUACACCGCCCAUCCAGAACUACCGACAACGAAUUGUUCAAUACAUAAUCCAACAACUACAAGUGAGUGAGAGUCGAGACGUCCACAAGGUGCAAGAAAUACGAAGCCGAAUUGUCAGCCUCGAGCAACAGGUGUAUCACUCUGUCAGGUCCCAGGAGGAGUACGUGACUAAGCUUGCGUCUAAACUUGGAGCCAUCCUUCAGCAGCUAGACAGAUGUCGGCCGUCUACCCCUGUGCUGGCUGCUCACUCUUGUGUUUAGUGCCCGCCCACACCAUCAACCUCAUCACCAUCAUUUAUUUAUCGUCAUAGUUUCCACAAGUUUGGAUUACAAGAUGUGUCGAAGCCCAGUGGCGCAGUACAGUAACCUUGGACAGCGCCUCACACGGUUGAUAAGGAAAGAAAAACCCACUUCAUAUAUUGAUAAAAAGCAACCAUUGUUCCAAGUAACCUCAAGAGUUGUAACCUCAAGACUAAUAACCUCGAUAAAUAAAGCGGGAGAGCUGUUAGCUACUAAGAACAACACUUUGUUACGACCAAGGUGUUGGUACUCGCCUUCACCUUGCCAAAUAAUACCUCCAUGAGAAACCCUAACAAAUAAACCGUCUUUUCUGACGUUUUUCGUAUCUAGGUCCAAUUGCAAGAACGGUUAUGGGGUGUACGACGCCAUUUACGAUGACCUUCUUGCCCUGGUCUUUUUCAGCAAUAUCGCCUUUAACACAUGGAAUCCUGCACUUUUCGAAGCC